AUCAAGUGUGCACUGGAGGGGUAGAUCGGGAAUUGAACCCCUUCAUAAUGUUCUGGAACCUACACCACCCCUUGCCUCUCACCUUCGAACCCUAACCCACCCAAACAAAAAGCAAACUUCUUUCCCCUCUCAACAUCCCCUCCUUUGCACCACACAGAUCCUUCCUUCGUUCAUACCUUUAUUAAUUUUCAUCGAAGCAAUUAAUAUUAUCUAACACAUAUAUUUGUUCUUAAUUUUUUGAUGCCGAUAAAAUAUGCCGCCGAAGCAGCAAUCCAAAGCUGAUUUAGCGAAGAAGCAGAAGAUUGUAGAGGACAAAACCUUCGGUCUCAAGAACAAAAACAAGAGCAAAAAUGUUCAGAAGUAUGUCCAGAACCUUAAGCAAUCAGUGCAGCCCAGGGUCGAUCCUGCCAAAGUCGAUGCCAAGAAAAAGAAGGAGGAAGAGAAGGCCAAGGAGAAGGAGCUAAAUGAUUUGUUCAAAAUCGCUGUUACUCAGCCUAAAGUGCCAGUUGGUGUUGAUCCCAAGUCUAUAGUGUGUGAGUUUUAUAAAGUCGGGCAAUGCGCCAAAGGCUUCAAGUGCAAGUUUUCGCAUGAUUUGAAUGUUCAGAGGAAAGGGGAAAAAAUUGACAUUUAUAGUGAUAAGCGUGACCAGGAAACAAUGGAGGACUGGGAUCAAGAGACCUUGGAGAAGGUGGUGGAGUCGAAGAAAUCUGAUUAUAAUCAGAAUAAAGCGACUGACAUUGUAUGCAAAUACUUUUUGGAUGCUGUAGAAAAGAAGCAAUACGGGUGGUUUUGGGAAUGCCCCAAUGGUGGUAAGAAUUGCCAUUAUAGACAUGCUCUUCCACCUGGUUAUGUUUUGAAAUCCCAAAUGAAGGCUUUGUUAGAGGAAGAAGCUGACAAAUUAUCAAUCGAGGAGGAGAUUGAAAAUCAGCGUGCCAAAGUGAAAACCACGACUCCUAUGACUCCCGACUUAUUCUAUGAAUGGAAGAAGAAGAAGAUAGAAGAAAGAGAUGCCAAUUUAGCCGCACAGCAGGCAGAGAGGGCUAAGAAUGACCGUAUGAGUGGUCGGGAGCUGUUUCUGUCAAAUGCUAGCUUGUUUGUGGACGAUGCAGAAGCAUAUGAAAAAUACCAGAGAGAACCAGAAUAUGAUGAAACUGAACAGAAUGGUAAUGGGAACGCUACCCAAGAUGGUCCUAGCACCUCAGCCGGUGCUGACGGUGAAGCUCUUGAUGACAUAGAUGAUGAUGACGAUGAGUUGGACUUGGAUGAGUUAAAUGAAUUGGAAGCAAGUUUAGCCAAGACAUCAAUCCAAAUAAAGGAAACGGGAGCUGAAACUCAAUCCUGAGAAUCAAACAAUCUUCACGUCACAUUUUUGUGCCUCUGCUGAAAAAUUGAGCAUUUACCUUUAGCCACUCGCUCUGUAUGCUUUCACGGAAGAUUUUUGAAUGAAGGUUGUGCUGAUAAUGAAAUUACUAUCUGCAGUAUCGCAUUUGAUAUGAAUAAUGGCAGUUUCAUAAAAUCCAGUUUUCUGUUUUAUUAGAUCUCGUAUUGGACCUCCGACAUUUUUUGUUUGAGACGAAUAGACUUGUGUAUGUAGACUGUAUCUGAUUUGUACAUGAGUUUCCUGUGUCGAAAAGGGAUCUUCAAUUGUU